UGUUAGAGGAAGGGUUAGUGUGUCAGUGAACUAGUGUGUUACCAAUAUGGCUGUUUGGAGAAAUGCGCUCCCUCUGGAAAUGGACAAUCACAUCGCUGGUGAGAUGGUGGCACUCAAAAACAGAAUACGAAGACAACCUCUUGAUGAGAUUAGUAACUGCGCUGUGGUUCCAGUUGGCAAGCCAGUGGUCAUGAACAAACUACCAGCCAAAACUAAGCGACAUGGAGUUGCUAAAGUCACCGCACCAGCAAAAAUAAAAUUGCCUCCUGUACCAAAGAUAGAGAAUCCUAUUCCUACACCCAUGGAUUUAUCUGUGAAAGAGGAAGAGUUUUGUCAGGCUUUUUCUGAUGCUCUGAAUGUAGAAGAUGUUGAUGCUGAAGAUAUUGGAAACCCUCAGCUAUGCAGUGACUAUGUGAAGGACAUCUACACUUACCUGAGGCAACUGGAGGUCCAGCAGUCUGUGCGCCAGAACUACAUGAAGGGAAUGGAGGUGAAUGAGCGUAUGAGGACAAUCUUGGUUGACUGGCUAAUUCAGGUCCAUACAAAGUUUUCCUUGCUGCAGGAGACUCUCUACAUGGCAAUUGCAAUUAUGGACAGGUUCUUGCAGUUUCAGCCAAUUUCCCGUAACAAGCUCCAGCUGGUUGGGGUUGCAUCAAUGUUCAUCGCUUCAAAAUACGAAGAAAUGUACUUCCCAGAGAUUUCAGACUUUGUAUACAUAACUGACAACACCUUCUCCAAAGCUCAAAUCAGGCAAAUGGAAAUGCUGAUUCUCAAAGAGCUUAACUUUAACUUGGGAAGACCAAUACCACUCCACUUCCUCAGGAGAGCAUCAAAAUGUAUCAAUGCUGAUGCAUUGAAUCACAAUCUGGCAAAAUACCUGAUGGAGCUCACCUUACUAGACUACGACAUGGUCCAUUUUCAUCCAUCACUUGUAGCCUCUGCUGCACUUUGUCUUACACGAAAGAUUCUCAACUCUGGCACAUGGGAUUCCACACUGCAGUUUUACACCGGAUACACUAUUGAUGACCUGCUCCCUGUUAUGAAACAUAUCGCAAAGAAUGUAUUUAAACUGAGCCAUAGCUUGACCAAAUUUGUUUCUGUGAAGAAUAAGUAUGCCAGUCAUAAAUGGCUGAAGGUCAGCAUCCUCCCACAGUUGUCUUCUCCGAUCAUUUCAGAACUUGCCGCCUCUCUGACCAAACUCUAAAGCUUUGUAUAGGAUGUCUUAAAUGGUUCACUUUUCAUAAUUUUGUAGCUCAGCAUUGGUUUUAUUUACUGAACAGACAUUGCAAGUUUGAGGGUAAAUAGAAUCGUUUAAUGUAUGAUGUAACCUUUCAAAGCUGUAAUUAACCUUGGCACCCGCAUGUUGGGAAAUUGCACUUCCAAUGACGCUAAAGCAGCCUUCAGGGUUUACAUCAAUUUUAAUGUUAAAUGCAAAAAAUGAAUCCUUAUGUUCUGUUUCUUGCAAAUAUCAAAUUUUACUUUGUUUCUGACAUUCAAAUUGUCCAUAG